AUCAGUUCUCUCCUCGUGCCAAUGCCAGGCGAACCCUGCUGCUGCUGCUGCUCCCCUAUUCUCACCACCACUUUAACCAUUUUCAUACACCAAAACCCAAGCCAAAUUAAACCUCUCCAGUUUUAUGCACGUUAUUAUUUCCUUGCAAAAGUCCCAUUAAGUAAUUAAACUGUAAAAAAGAAACUUGGACAUGAAAAAGUUGAAAUAUAAUAAUAGGUGAUUCGGUUGAUUGGUAGUACAUAAAUAAGUGUUAAUUGUUCCCUGGUUCCUUGCGAAUAACACAAUUCGUGUUAUGCAGUAUUUACUGAUUCAGGGAUUGAUAAUUGGGAAACAAUGCGUCAUCAAUUAAGUAACUCUCACCUUUAACCUUCACACCGAAUGCAGUCAGUCUCGUCUUGUUCCUUUGUGUCACUUUAACUAGUUGUUUGGAUUUUGUAUAGAGUAAGAAAAGUAUCAAAUCACAUAACGAACUUGUCAAAGUGAAUAAUCAUGGAGUCCAGUCAUUAGAAUUAUAUAAUUAGUAACUAUUAUUAAGAGAUCAGUUUAGUUGGUAAAAUUGAGACGAUGUACAUGUACAUAAAAGUGUUUAAAGACUACGUGAAAUUUUAGGUUUGUGAAAAAGAAUCAGAUUGCUUAAUGAAGAGACAAAAGACAUACCUUCGUUAUACGUACUACGUCAAUCCAUGUUAGUCAAAAAACUAUAAUGAAUCACCGGAAAUCAGUGCAUUAUUAGAUUAAAAUAUUAAUUAACAGUUAAUAAUCUGUGAAUAAUUAGUUAUCAGCUCAAUUAGUUCAAUUUAAAAGAUUAAUUAACUAAACUAAUUAAUUACAUAAUUAUCACAAUAUUUUUUUAAAAGUUUUGGUCCACUCCAUCCAAAAAGUGACAAUAAUAAUUCAUCUUAAAACUUUUCGUGCAAGGUCAAUUGAGAAAAAAGUGAACUCGUAUGAAAAUUUUUCUCCUUCUGACAAAUCAAGUAACGGCCUCGUACAUUUUAUUUCGCGUAAAGAUUUUAUUUAUUCGCUGUUCAAACCAUACUUUUAAUGCGUAAAUUUGUACAAAAUUCUUAAAUAAUCUGUUAUGAAAAAUGAUGGCGAGUUUGAAUUCGGUAAAAACUGUUCUUCAUUGUAACGGGGGUACAGCAAGCAGUAAAAUCUCGGCAGAAAAUUCAGCGUCCGCCAGGUGCAGAAGGAAACAAGCCGUCCCCAAGAGGAAAAAAGGUAAAACUUCAGCCGCUACUAAAGCUUCCUUUCCCCCGAUAAAAGAUGUUAAUGGUCCAGAAAAUCUCGAAGAAGAUGCCUCCGACAACUUGGUUAUCGACGAGGAUGUCAGAUCCCCAGAAUCCGGGAAUAGCAACAGUAGGUGUGGCUCGAUGAGUCCGACCAACAACACGUCCACCGCGACCACGGUUGGAAUAGGAAAUGGAGAAACGGAGGAAUCUGAUCCACUUCGGAUAAAUUCAGUCGACUCACCCUCAUCACCGCAGAGUGACAAGAUGACAAUCGACGAAGAUUCUGUCGUAAAUAACAUUGUUGGUGGUGAAUCGGAGGUGAUUUCCAAAGAUGACAAUUCCAUCCCUUCAUCCCCCUCCUUGUCGGACUCUUUAAGCGUUUUGGCCAACUCGAAACUCAGCCCAAAUCCAAAUUUACCUUCUGGUGGACGACAUCGCGGACCUUUCACCUGCGACCAGUGUGGCCUAACUUUUAGUCGAAGGGACGAGCUAGAGAAGCACGAGGUGUCCCAUCCCACUCCGAGCCAGGUAUCGUGCAAAAUUUGUUUUAAGCAAUUUGCCAACGUCUACCGUUUACAAAGACACAUGAUAAGCCACGACGAAUCCGCAGGGUUACGUAAAUUUAAAUGCCCCGACUGCGAGAAGGCCUUCAAAUUCAAACAUCAUUUAAAGGAACACGUUCGAAUCCACUCUGGAGAAAAGCCGUUCGAGUGUACAAACUGUGGAAAGCGUUUUUCUCAUUCGGGAUCCUACUCUUCUCAUAUGACAUCAAAAAAGUGUCUGAUUAUGAACUUAAAGCUCGGUCGCAACAACCGUUCCUCUGAGACGAAAGGAACUUCAGCCACUUCCUCGGGGUCUACUCCGUCUGGAAACAGCAAGAAAAUCAGCUCGAGUAGCUCCACGGCAAGCUACGAAGGGACGACUGCAUCUUCAUCUUUCCCUGGACAUCAUGCCUUGCUCUCAGCAGCAGGGAACUUGGUGACCAAAUCGCCGAUUAGUCCGAAUGACAAUAAUGCAAUGAUAAGCUAUAAAGGGAACGAGUAUCCAUCCACCUCACCACCAACCUCAACGCCAUUCCUCCCUCCAGCAGCCGCAGGUUUCCAUCCCUUCUUCAUGUCGUCUGCUGCAGCUGCUGGUUUAGCCCUUCCUCACGCUAACCCCUACGCUCUCUCCAACCUGUUCAGCUCUCUCCCAGCAAAUUCUCCCCUGCGUCAACUCGCCACUCUGGACAUGGAACCUUCGUCCCUUGCACACUUGAACCCCUUGGGUUUGUCAUCCCUCAUCAAGGAGAACGGCUCCCCACCCGCCGCCCCCUUCCAUCAUCAGCACCACCCCCAGCUGAAAUCAUCCCGUCGUCGGUCCAGAUCCAGGUCCCAGUCCCCUUCAGACUGGACAAUGGGAAGGUCCGACUCCUCCUCCAGAAAUACAAAGAAAAUUAAAAAAGAACGUGACGAUGAGUUGGACAUAAAAAUCCAAUCUCAUUCAAAGGACAUUGACAAUUAUGACGACAACCACCACCACCAACCUCAAGAUUUGAAGAUGAUCAAACUAAAAGACUCGUCACCGUCGCCAUACGAGAGAAAGUCUACUGUGAUACCCAAGAGGGAAUGUAUGGAAGAUGGGGAUGAAGAAGACCAGGAAGACAUGGACAGCAAAGUGAGAAAACUAUUGGACACUGUGAAUGCAAAUGUGACUAGACAACAACUUUUGCAGGCUUGUCACUUUAUGAAUGGAGGGGUUCGGGGUCCGGACAUGAUGGAGGAUUCCGACAAAGAGGAGGAACCCUGCUCAAGGUCAAACCUUGGAAUUGGGAGAUUAUCAGAGUCAUCAUCUUACAACAAGGACGAGGAAGAACAGCUCCGUCAGAUACAACUCCAAAAUAAUAAUAACAACUCGGUCGAUGACGACGAGGAAAGUAAGGAUGAAGAAAAGAGGAAAAUGAGCCUACUCAAGAGUCUGAAUCUCAAAAAGAAAAAUGGAAUUGAAGGAUUGGCUGCAAGAUUGCAGUUGGAACUUUGUCAGCAAAGACAACAACAGCAGCAGCAGCAACUACAACAGCAAAAAUUUAUUAAGGAAGAAAAUGAAUCUGGGGCUGAUGAUGUGGACGAGUUUCCCUCAAGUCAGAGUGAGAAUGAGUCUGGUGAGCAGACCGAGAGUAACACGGAUAUGAAGGAUGAAGGAAGAAGAGCCAGAGUUCGGUCACUCUUUAGUGAGUCUCAGCUCGCAAUUUUGAGACAUCAUUACGCCAUCGACACACGUCCUCGACGAGAGCAUCUCUUGUCCCUGGCUCAGCAAUUGGUUCUGCCCUUGAGAGUUGUUCAGGUGUGGUUCCAAAAUUCUCGUGCUCGCGAUCGUCGAGAAGGUCGACCCCCACAAAAUUCUUCAUAUAAUUCCAAACAACAUGGAAGUGGAAGACUUUCUCCCAGCGUCAUGUCUGCAGCCGCCUUGUAUAACAGCUUCCCAUCCGUUUCUCGAAUGGGGCUUGGUCUAGCUGGAUGGAACUUGAUGAGAAACACUUCAGCAGAGUCGAUAGACGACGCCGAGCCCGAGGAUAACUCUGUCGGUGGGGGUGAAGGAAGAGGUGAACAGCCCUUGGAUUUGACCACCAAGAAAUCCACACCGUCAAAUUCUCCAAGACCGUCUCUGAUAAAUUCAGACAUGGUCAGUUCUGAUGAUGAAGAUGGUCUCAAUAGCAGUAAUGGAAGCCAGCCCCUUAAUUUGAAGGCAUCACCAAGUUCCAGCCCAAAAAUGAGUAGCAGCAACACUGUGACCCCAACAUCCCUCAAGUUUGCCAUGUCUGAAGAAACUCUUCACCUUAAUCUGACCCUGAAUGGAAAUUCUUCCAGCCCCAAACACUCGUCGUCUCGUCUCGCCAAGAUACUCUCUCAACCACCAGCACCCUCGUCGUCGCCACUCCUAUUUUCUAAUAAUGCUCUGUCCAACAGCAACAGUCCCGGGAUAAACACUAACGGAUUCAACAACCACUCCAAUUCCCCUCUAAACCUCAUUGCUUCCGGAGAGAACGUAAACGGUUUGUCCCUGGUUGACGUACGUUCUCAUCCCGCAUUUGCACAAACCCCCACCAAAAAACGAAAAUCCAAUGGUGUGAGUAAAACGAAUGGAAAUGGUGUCAACUCGAGUAGCACCAAUUCUACGACCAAUAGUGGAAUUGGUUCGAUGCCGGAUGAACAUGGACAGUUUGCAUGCGACCAGUGUGAGAAAUCCUUUAACAAACAAAGCUCACUUGCUCGGCACAAAUAUGAACAUUCAGGUCAAAGGCCCUACAAGUGCAACACUUGCGAAAAAGCAUUCAAACAUAAACACCACUUAACUGAACACCUCCGACUUCACACAGGAGCAAAACCGUUCCAGUGCAAUAAGUGCGGAAAGCGUUUCUCUCACUCAGGGUCUUACAGUCAACACAUGAAUCAUCGUUAUGCAUACUGUAAACCACAAAGUCGUGGCGGUGGUGGCGUCGACAAUGGGGGAGGUCAACUUCCUGUGAAAUGCGAACUUCGCCUCUGAACCAAUUGUGUCCACCCGACGCAUCAUCGUCACUACGACUCCUUUCACCACCACCUCAUUAAAAGUACGUAUUUUAGAACUAUGACGCUCUUCACUCACGGAUCUGAUAUACCACAAACUACUCUCAGUACAGAUAAUAAUAAGGAAUAUUUACUAUGUAUGUAGCUACAUGUUGCAUGGUUAUUAAGCCAUAGAUGGUAUUAUGUAACUAACGCGCAUGCAUUAUCUAACCAUCAAAGUCUCGUAAGUAAUCUCGUCGUGUUUUAUUAGUCUUAAAGUUUCAAAGGCCUACAAGUCUCCAUCCAGUUUUCUUCAUGAAAGUCGGUCCUUUCUCGCGCAGACUUUUAUAAGAUAAGGAAUGGGCGCUUUGUUGUAAACGAAAUGAAAAAUAGUUAGCAAACAUUUUAUGCAGUUCUCAUCUCUUACUCUUCCUUGUUGUAUUGUAGUUCGGGUCGUAUUUAGAUUAAAUACAUAUAUUCAACUAUAACGAAAGUAUUUAGAUAAUAUAAAUUAGUGUCUAUGUAUCGUGUUUAGUAAAUAUGUGCCAAACAAUGCAGUUUUCACAACUCAUUGAGCCAGGUUCACCACAACGAAUUCUAAUUAUAUAUAUGUAAAAUGAGGAUAUUACCAAACAAACUAGGUAUACAUACAUAUUUAGUUGUGUUAAAAACUGUGCUACUUUACUUAUGCAUCGAAUUUAGAUAUGAAAGAAUCAACGAAUUAGGUAAAGUAUAUGUACUCACAUAGUGUAGAAUUAAAGCAUAAUAUUCAUGUAUCUACAUGUGUGUGUAUGAAAGUUGUAAAUUUUGUGCCAAAAAUUUAACAGAAUUACUAACAUUUAACAUUGAUUGAUUUAUUAUUCGGUCUGGAAAAAUACGUUCAAAUUCAGGGGGUACCUGUGGAAAAUACUCAAAAUUAGUGGAACAUAGAGCAUAAUAUGACGACGACUCUGGUCUGGUCUGGCAUAUUGUAUUGUAGGAAACAGAAAUAGGUAGUGAUGAGAUGAGAUGAUAUAUUAAAUCUAAAUAUUACAAGCUAAGAUUUAUUUAGUAAGAUUAUGUAACCGCUUGUCAUUUCAGAUAUUAAUUGCUUAGUCAACAGAAUGAAAUUAUUACUCAUCAUACAUAAUAUUUUCAGUAUAACGAGCUGUUCAAUCUAGAUUCAAAUCUGUACAGCUUUUAUCUUUUAACUUGUGUGCCAAUUUUUAUGCAACGCGUAUGCUCAAAGGGAAACUAGACGCAAUUGAGACUUUUAUUUAAAUAUUUAACUUACCAGUUCGCGAGAACCCCCCACAAAACCAAGGUGGAAAAGUUACCGUUUUAUAUUAUUAUUUAUUAUCAUGAUUUUGUCAAUCAGUUAAUUUUCCAAAGCCAUGAUUGCAUAAUCUUAUAAUUUAAUACGAAUAUAAUUAAUUUUUACAUAUUAUUACCCUAGUCUCCAACAUCAGUUAAUCAGUUUCUAGUUUUUUUACACAGUGCAGUACAUGCGGAAUUUAUUAAUUUGCGGAAGAAUCCUGCUUUUCAAUCAUUUACAUAAUUUGCGUGCAAUUUCAUUUAAUUGUCAAGCUUUCAUUCAGCAGAGAUGAAUGUGUAACAAUCAGUUUUCAUAGUCAGACAGAUUUUUAUAGUUUUUAUUACCACUGCUAAAUCCAGAGAGAGCUUUUUACUAGUUGCAUGCAAAUGCAAGCAUAACAUAAUAACUUAUUUAACCAACAUGACAUAGUUAAUGUGGUCAGCAUGGUGUUGUUUUAAAUGUAUAGUUAAUUAUUUUAUCAUUUUCUAAAUAAUAAUUUUGAGUGCGAGUAAACAAAACUGAAACUAUUACUACUAAACUAAUUAAUAUAAUGCAGCAACCAAUUGAAACCAACCAACAAAACAACCAAUGACGAACUUGAGACAAUAUUAUUAAAAUAGUCCUUAAUAUGGAAUGUGAUGCCGAAUGUUUUUCAAAAUAUUUCUACUCCACUACUACUAAAUUUAACAUACAUAGAUAAAUACUCUCUGAAUUAAUUACAUACAAUUAGAAAUCUGUCUUCAUCUGUCUCGUGGUGUGUGGUGUCAUAUAUUUACGUAAUAAAUGUCUUCUUGUAGAGAGUCGUCGCGUCGUCGGUAUUUAAGUAAAUGUCCAGCCAAUUUUCCUCAUAAAAUACUAUACGAUUUUGUCGCAUCAUAAUUAUUUAGUAAUAUUAUUCUUUAUUUAUUAUACUUCCCGAGAGAAAAGUGAUUUAAAUCCCUGUCAUUCCGAUUGUUUGAAGUUUCCAUUUAUUCCUUGAAACGGUUUUGAGUACGAAUAAGGUAAUUAUGUAUGUAUUGCUGCAUAUGACAGACAGCAUUAUAUUGUAGGGUGUAGACUAUGUAGUAAAUUAUAUGUAAUAAAUUAGUCCGUGAGAAGCAGCCAGCAUUCAACGAAGAA